GUAGGAUCGAAGUUUAAGACGAAGUUGAUCGUAAAAUUCGAAAAAGUUUAUGAUGGAAGGAGAUUUACUGCCGGUUGGAAAGAUUCCAUACAAACCAGACUGCAGAGUUAAUGAAACUCUGGUUUUCAAGCACUACAAUGCUGAGGAAGAAGUACUGGGCAAGAAGAUGAAGGACUGGUUGAGGUUUUCUGUAUGUUUCUGGCACACUUUUAGAGGAACUGGUAUGGAUCCCUUUGGAUCAGGCACCCUUCAGAGGCCAUGGGAUGAUGGUAGCCAGAGUUUGGAAAAUGCAAAGAGGAGAGUUAAAGUGGCCUUUGAGUUUAUGCAAAAGCUUGGCAUCGAGUUUUAUACAUUCCAUGAUGUGGACAUUGCCCCUGAAGGGAACAACCUCAAAGAGUUUGGCAGGAACCUGGAUGAGGUGACUGACUACAUGCUGGAACUUCAGAAGGUCACCAACAUCAAACCUCUAUGGGCAACUUGCAACCUCUUCUCUAAUGUUAGAUACAUGAACGGAGCAUCCACCAACCCAGACGUUCAUGUAUUUGCACAGGCCGCGGCUCAAGUCAAGAAAGGAUUGGAUCUUGCCCUUAAGUUGGGAGCACAAGGAUUUGUAUUCUGGGGUGGCAGAGAGGGCUACCAAACCCCCCUGAACACAGACGUUCACAGGGAGCUAUCUAACAUGGCAAAAUUUUUCAAGAUGGCUGUUGACUACAAGCAGAAAAUUGGAUUCCAAGGACAAUUCUACAUUGAGCCUAAACCGAAAGAGCCCUCCAGACAUCAAUACGACUACGGUUGUCAUCACUUUCACCAUCACUAA